GAAGUUCAAGUUAAAGUCUCAAAAUCUGAUGAUGAGAUUUGGAGCAGCAACAUUUGAUUUCAAUCUUUAAAACUAUCUUACUCAGUCAAAAAAAAUAAUAAUUAUAUAUUCGAAAAAUGCUAUUUACAUUAUGUAAAUCACAGAAUAAUGAUUUCAUAUGGGUUUUCACAUGCAUACAAGGUGACAUUUUGGUUGUGUUUUUUCAUGACAAUCAUAUAACAACGUCAGACUCUAAAAAUCUAAAUCAGUGACAUCAAAAACCCAAUAUGUAAAAUUAUCUAGGCUGUGUUUUAACCCCAGGCCUAAUAUCUCUUCUCACACCUCCAACACUUUUUGGGUUUUACAUCAUCAGCCACAGAUAUCGUCAAUCUGCCCAGCUCACAAACGCACACCAAUGCAAUAAACUUACUUUAUUUGGAAUAUUAUAAGUUGCAAUCAUGCAAUGACUCGCUAUUUUAACUUUAGAUACCCCCUACCCACAUAGCAUUUUGCUUUCCAGGUGAAGGGAAAUCAUUCAGUUCUUGACAUAACUGAAAGAGGAAACUUCUGAAUCAUUUCGUUUUCACCUGAACGCUUCCAUGAUCACCGAGAGGUAAACUGAAGGAAUCCCCAGUACGGCUUCAUCCACGGCCCCGGGGGUCACUGAGGGCCUUCCCCUGCUGUGGUGUCACUAUGACAUCUAACAACCGUCACCCACAACUUCCUUUUCAAUGCCACCAGACUCUUCUGAUUGGCCGGAGGAGGGGUUGUUUCACAUGCCCAUGCACAUGACCUCACUUCCUGUUCUAUGAUGCGUACAAGCGAUCGGGCCUUUCAAAGCGUGUCACGAUACUGUGAAACUGGCCCCUGAUACCGCAGUCGUGUGCAUGCUUAACACGUCACGCCAUUCGUUCUCAUCCACAUCCCAACGUCUUUCUGUCAUUUAUCUGAGAUAAUGUCUUUUCCAUCAGCCAAAGGAUUGGUUGGAUACUACAGUGAGCUAUUCUUAUCUCACAAGAUGAACAGUACAUUCAACUUCCUGUUUUUCUCCAUAAUCAAUAUGGUUUGUGGGUAAGGCCACAAAGCAAAAAGCACCUUUGUCAUAACCAUUUGUACUUGUAGUCUCUCUUUCACACACACACACACAAACAGUGCCGAUGCUGAUUCAUAUUGAGAAAAGGAACUGACAGCAUUUUGUAGUUUCCUGCCAAGUGUGCAGAAAGUCUGGGUCAGGUUCAUGCACACACACAAACACGCAUGCACACAAACAGAAACACACACGACGCAUCCGUACACCCCCGCGCACGCGCCUCUCGAUUACAUCUUUCUCGAUUGACAGUCGUGACGAAGGCCAGUGGAAAAGAAAAAAGUCAUUACCCACUGUCCGUCCCUCUAGAUUUCCAAUCUCCACAAACAAGCGGUUUUCCUGGGUCCCCAAGGAUUCUUAUAUAAAGGUGAAUCUCUACCUGUUGACAGUAUGAAGGACAAACAAAGCUGCAAUAGAGAAAGCAAAGAGCUGAAAGAUGAAGACAUUUAUUUGCAUUCUGUUCGCAGUGACGUGUUGGGUCGUAGCGACGGCUGAAGAUUCUCCGACCGUCCUGACGCUCAACAAAGCUAUGAAUGAACUCAAGAAGAUAAAGGAAUGGAGCAAAGGACAGGACAAUAAUAUGCAGAUCCACUCGCCUACUGUCAAUGAUAUAGAGGACUGCUGUAUUGCAUCUGCUCUCAAAUGUUUUCGAUCCAAAGUGAUUGACAUUCCUGUCAAUGACAAGGUGAAGAUGUCACAGAUAUGGAUCAACAGGAAUCUAGGCAAAACAUUAAUUGUUAAGAGUGUGUCCAGUUGCAGUCGAGAAGAGACAGAGAAAGCCCAGUGCAAAGCGUGUGACUCGUACCCCCUGGUUCACAGACAUAAGUUUUUAGAGAACUUUCACACUCUCUUGCAAAAGAUCUUCGUCAGACUGCAAUAGAGAUGAGUACAAUGAGAAAGUGUACAUGACACUACCACAGCAGAGUCCCCCAACUGCGCCGCUGCUCUGAGAUCCUGCCUUUCUAUUUAUUACUUAUUUAUUGAACAUUUUCGUGUUUAUUUUGAGAUCCGUUGCAUUUUCGUGUUUUAUUAAGAGAUCUGUUAUAGGACAGCUGGCUGAACAGUAAUGCAGAUGUUUUUAAGUUAACUUAAACGGCUUCAAUUUUGUCGAAUGAGAAGUUUGUCGCACCACCUUGUGUUGAGAUCAUCAAACUGCUGUUUUAAUAAUGUGACUGUUCCUGGAAAGAAACUGUAGGGUGGUUUCCCUACCGAAGAUUAAGAUAAAAGAUAAAAAAGUGCUUUUUAGUUGAAAUGUGACCCUGUCUUUGAAAUCCAGGGUAAAGUCUUAUAAUCCAAUGCAUCAAAGCUUGAUUUUACAUUGAUCUUACUCAGUCAAUAUUAAAUAUAUCAAGGUUAUAUUUUCACAGAAUGUUACAGGAUAAUUUUAAGUAGAAAACAGUAAAUUACAAAAAAAAGACUUUAGCUGGGUUUUCACAGGCUGGGCCACUAUUUUCACGGUUAUGUAUCUUGACAAUACAUUAUAUUUUUAAUGUCUGUCAGGAAAGGCACUUUUAUAGAUCAGAUAAACACUGAUAUCUCACAUUGAGAUGUAUGUAUUGUG